AGCAGAAAACAUUGUUUCUAAAGUUGUAGAUGAUGCAGUUAAAGAAUAUAAAAAAAUUAAAAGGAAACAAGGAGCUAAAGCAGAUGCGAUGGUUCGAGAAUCUUCUGAGAUGCCUCAAGGCACCUUGUCACUCCUUGAUGCUGGUGUUUUUGGAAGCUCUGAAGAUUCUGAUCCGCUAAAUUCCAUCCGGCAUGCCAAAGAGAUGAAAACUCAAAGGCAAAUUCAAUACAGAUCAGAUCACUGGCAUUCAGCUCCUUGGAAGAAAACAAUGGAAGUUCCUUUGGUGGUACCACCUAAUAGUUCACAUGUUAAGAUACUGUCUGCCUAUGCAGUAGAUAAACUAUGGACUCCUCAAACUAUUUGUUCACAUUCUAGCAGGAUCCAUGUGCCAAAAGAUUUUGAAUGCAAUGACAUCUCAGAUGACGAUCUGGAAGGAGAAAGCAAGAGGAUUUACAGCCAGGUUAUAUUUGAUUUAACUCGCGAGCUGCUACACGCAGAAUGUCAGGGCACAGCAAAUCCAAAUCCUUGUCCAUGGCUCCAAGAAAACGUGGGUCCUCGCUGUUCCAGACACAUCCGAACAAAAACCGAUGUCAGUGAGGUUAAGUCAUUUAUUCAGGGAGAAAUUGUUAAGAUAAUGAACUUGGAAAAAAACAGCUUGGAGAUGAAGAAGAAGCUCUUUAAAAUGACUAAGUAUGGAAACUGUAAAAGGGACCGAGUAGAUCUGAUUCUGAUUCAGGAGCUCCAUAAGGAAGAAGGCCAGUGGACUGAUUAUGCUGAGGAUGAAUUAACUGUCAAGAGGAGAGUCACCGAAGACAUUUUUGACAGCUUGGUCCUUGAUACAAUAGGAGUUCUUAAAAAGAUCUCUCUCCAACGAACUUGUGAUUAGAGGAAGUUUCCCUUAGAGUCCGUAGCAGUGGAGGUGUUUAGCUCAGCAAGUUUCAAGAUAAUGGCUCCCUUCCAUAAACAUAUGCUUAAGAAUUUUCCUUCUGAACCAUGCAUCCGAACACCAGCAUCUUCUGGCUAAGUUAUAUGCGUAUGUUCACAGUAAAAAGGGUACAAACAGUUGACUUGGAAUGAAAAAAUAGCCACACCUCCCUUAUGCACUGCAGGAGAGGUCUCAGGGCAACCUGUAUAUAUGCUGUUUCAAAAGAUCAAGGAAAGGGCCACCUCAUCUGUUGCUAGGCAGAUCCCAUGACUACAAACCUGUACAGAGAGGCAUGGAGACUGGAGUAGCAGUAACAGCAGCUACAGAUGGGGCUUACCCGCAGCGGUUCACACUGACCCUGGAUUGUGGGAGAGGAUUUAAAUCUCCCUAUGCUCCUCCAAGGUCUGCCUCAUGACUCAUGAUUUUCACAGGUGGAACAGAUUUCAUUCACAUUUAGAACCACGGUCCCUGCUCUCUGCACUCGUGUGUCAGCCCUACUGCUCAUGUGCCUUAGAACCAUGCUGUCCCCUCUGCUGGUUGUGCUAAACCCCCCAAUUUCUUGAGGUGUUUAAGAUUAAAUUGGGGAAAGCAAAAUUGCACUGGAGCAAGAACAUAGCGCGGUUGGCAAGUGACCAAGCAAGUAUAUCUGCUUUAGUAUCUGUGAUCUUAUGUAAAUAAGACACAUACCAAUGUCAUGUACACUGCGAUGCACUUUAAAUGGGAUGCUUCCUAAUGGUAUCCCAAUUUUAGGAAUGAUGUAUACCUACGAACAUAAUUAGGUCUUUAGUCUGCAUUUAGCAUGUGUAAAUUUGCUUGAAUUAUUAUAAUCCCCCUAAAAAGAAAGUGUGCUGAGCACAUACAACUUGCAUUUCAAUAAACAAAAUUGGGAAACUGAAGAAGAAAAUGAGGACAAUUAGAAUGUCUUGAUCCAGAUAAUGUUUCUUUAUUUGUCCUGUAAUUGUAUUUUUUUUUAUUUCAGUGAAGACCAAUAAUUUUGUUACUGUUUUAAGCAAACAUUGGCCAGUGGAGAGUAGGGGUCUGAUUUGUUUGCAAAUGAUUUGUUAAUUGGUGUUUUAUUUAAUACCAAUAUACAGAAACUGUUUAUAAUGGAUGAAUUAAAUAAUUAAUCCAGUUGAUUUAUUCAAAUCAUAUUCAGGGAAUCAAGAUGAUUAAUUUAAUAUAAAUUAUAUACAACUGUUUGUAUUUAAGGUAUACUAUUUAAGAUUUGCUAUUAAUGGACAAGAUGUAAUGCAAAUGUAUUUUGGGUUUGUAUUUUUAAAUAUAAAUACUUCAUAUUACAGUUUUCAUGCUGAUUUGUUAGGCUUCAGAACAAC